GAGAGAGGAGGAGGAGGAGACGGGCGGACUGGCAGGAAUUCCUCGGCUCUCCUCGAAUUUCUUCGAACUGCGGAUCUCCAGCCCGACUCCAUCCGGAUAAAUUAUCCCCACCAGCCCCACUUUUCUUCCUUGCUGAGCGGAGCCGCUUUUCCUGUUUGACCGAAACGAUGUUGAGAAGCGUCGCUGUCCUCCUCCUGCUGGCCGUGGCCAUGUGUAAAGCCGAGGAGCUGCAGAGCAAGGGCAAAGUGUGCGCCAAUGUGUUCUGCGGGGCCGGCAGAGAGUGCACCGUCAACGAGAAGGGGGAGCCCAGCUGCCUCUGCAUUGAGAGUUGUAAGCCCCACAAGAGGUCAGUGUGUGGUAGCAAUGGGAAGACCUACAGGAACCACUGCGAGCUCCACAGAGACGCUUGUCUGAGCGGCCUGAAGAUCCAAGUGGCUCACGAUGGACAUUGCCGAGAAAAGAAAACAGACAAAGCAGCUGCCAGCCCAGUGGUGUGCUACGCCGCUGACCGCAACGAGCUGAGGGGUCGCGUUAUCCAGUGGCUGCAGACGGAGGUCGUCCCAGACGGCUGGUUUACCAAGGGAUCCAACUUCUCUGAAACCCUCCUGAAAUUCUUCAAGUCAUACGACAACGGCGAUUCUCUGCUGGACUCCUCUGAGCUGCUGAAAUUCAUCCAGCACAACGAGUCGGUCGGAGAGCUGCAGUCCUACGCAGACGUGGAGAGCAACAAGCUGCUGAGGAGCCUUUGCGUCGACGCCCUCAUUGAGCUCUCCGACGAGAACGCUGACUGGAAGCUGAACUUUGAUGAGUUCCUCAACUGUCUGAAGCCUAGUUUCAACCCACCAGAGAAGAAGUGUGCCCUGGAGGACGAAACCUACGAGGACGGAGCGGAGACCCAGGUUGAGUGCAACCGCUGCGUCUGCGCUUGCGGAAACUGGGUCUGCACGGCGAUGACCUGCGGUGACAAACACGCGGCAGUGGAUGAGUUGGCAGAUCCUGGAGCAGAGAUGACGGAGGAGGAGUGGAACCUGCGGGUGGCUGAGCUCAACAAACACCAGGACACAGUUGAGAAGAUGAAGAGCAGCACAAAAGAAGUCUAAGUGUGGACACUUAAAAAAAAAAAGAAGAAGAUGAGUGGCCUCACCCCCUUCUCUGAUACUUGAUUUCCCUCGUGGACAAGUUUUAUCAAACUGACUUUUUUUUUUUAUGUUUCUCUGAUAUGUUAAUUAUUCUACAUUUUUACAGUGUUUAAGUGUUUGCCGUGUCUCUUAGAUUUAAAGGCAUUCUGAUUGGAAACAGAUCGCCUUUUGUUCAGUGCUGUUACGUUUGACUGUAUUACUGCGCCCCUACACUAGACCUGGGGCUUUUUUUUUUUUUUUUACUACUAUCUUUAUAUAUUUUUUUUACAUUUACUAUAACAGAAAGAAGUUGUCGCUGUUUUGGGAUAUAUACAUAAGUGCUUUCGAAGGUGGUAAAGUUAGUAACUUGUUAAAGUGAGGGUAACUGGUUCAAGUGGUUUUAAAGCUACUUGUAAUUUCAGUUGUGUUGCCACAGACUGCCGCGUCAGGCCACUGCUGCGACCAUUGCACUUCUUUCUUUCGUCGGAUCUCCCCUUAGUUUACCGCAAAGCAGAAAUUCGUUUGGCUUUAUGCUUUAAAUCAUAGAUUUGCGGCAUUUUUCUGUGUACAGCGUGUUAUUAGCUUGUGUUGGAACCCACCUUAUUCCCAUGUGAUGCUUGGACGAGUUUUCCUUUGACUGUCGUUUGAACAUUUCCCUGUCCGUCUUUUCCUGGGACCAGCUGCGCCUUCGAGGAGAGCUGAUCUGAGCGUUACGCGGUGAAAACUAAAACCAAAGCCUUGAUGAAGUGUUUCGAUGAAUGAUGUACAAACUUUUCCAGGUAAAAACGUUACUCUGGACCCAGCAACAACACUAUACCUGUGUUUUUAAAAAAAAAUCACUACCAGAAGGACUAGCCUCAGCUGAAGUAGCAUAGACCAACUAGUUAUCCGGGUGCAAAUAAGGUGCGUGUGUGGCUGAGUGUAUGUGCGUGUGUGUUGUGAAGCUGAAAGUAGUAGGUUUUGUUUUCUGCGCUCAUUUGUAUCUAAACUGAGGCGUCGACCAAUACACACCAGUGCCUUAGACUUGCGAACAGUAUCGGCCUCUAAAAAGGAUGAGAGUGCUUUGUAACUCAGUGUCUGAUAAAUGGAUGUGUGAAUGUUGCAUUAUUAGGCGUUAGCUACAUCUUUCUAUUCCACUAAAAGUGCAGACUGUAAGGAAUGUAUGCCAAUAAAGCCCUUACACCACA